AUGGACGUGACCAAUGCCGGCUACGAGUUCGACAUUUGCUUCACCUCGGUACAAAAACGGGCCAUCCGUACCCUCUGGACUGUCCUGGAUGCUAUCGAUCAGAUGUGGUUACCCGUUAUCCGAACCUGGCGCCUGAACGAGAGGCACUACGGGGCUCUCACGGGUUUAAACAAGGCUGAGACGGCGGCAAAGCAUGGCGAAGCCCAGGUGAAGAUCUGGAGGCGCUCAUAUGACAUCCCACCACCUCCCAUGCAGCCUGAUCACCCCUUCUACAGCACCAUCUGCAAGGACCGUCGCUACGCUGAUCUGACGGAGGACCAGCUGCCCACGUGUGAGAGCUUGAAGGACACCAUCGCCCGGGCUCUGCCUUUCUGGAACGAGGAAAUCGUCCCGCAGAUCAAAGAGGGCAAGCGAGUCCUUAUUGCUGCCCAUGGCAAUAGCCUGCGUGGGAUUGUCAAACACCUGGAAGGCAUGUCAGAAGAGGCCAUCAUGGAGCUGAACCUGCCCACUGGCAUCCCUAUUGUCUACGAGCUGGACAAGAAUCUGAAACCUGUCAAGCCUAUGCAGUUCCUGGGGGAUGAGGAGACGGUGCGCAAGGCCAUGGAGGCUGUCGCUGCUCAGGGCAAGGUCAAAAAGUGAGGGUGGACAGCAGGCUAGCACAUAGUAGAGCCCCCCCCACUCCGUCCCCCACUCCUCUGUGCACAACCCCCACAGCUGUAGGAACUUGGAGCUGCAGAGCUGGAGCAGCUCCCCAGGAUUAGGCCCGUUCCCUCGGGACCAGGCUCCCCUCUGCAGACAG